AUGGCGCAAGGUUCCGAGCUCGAUAUUCUUAAUGCCCGCAUGCAGGAGCAUCUACAGCAAAACGUGUUACCUCACCUCACCGAGGAGGAGCGCAGGACUUUUCAGAAGAGGUAUCUCAAGGAUACAAUCUUCAACCUGGAUUGCUUUGAUCCAUUUAUCCAUAAUCUUGUGGGCAAUUUCAAUGCCUCGGCAAGUGCUCUGGUAGCUAUCCUCGCCCAAGCGCUGUUCGGUCGAGCAGAGUUGAUGAAGUGGCAAUGGUUUCGGGAAGCGUACAAGGACCAUGGUGGCCGCUUAGAUGCUGCUCCUAAGGAGCCUCCAUUGGAAUUUGAAGAACUGCGCGCUUCAAUCUUUGGCGAAACCAGCAGCUACAAACGGCCACGAGAAACGACAAAGAUAGAAACCUCCGGCCAUUCCACCGACGAACUGCUUCAAUCAAUUUGCGCAAAGGUCGAGGAGAUGAACGAGUCUGAGACGAGGCAACAAAAGGAGCUUGAAUCGCUCUUCAGUGCGCUCGCGGAGCCCUAUCCUGGCCUGAGAGGCUUACUGUGCGGCGUCCGGCACAGCUUUCGGGACAGAGACGAUCGCUGCGCAGAGAGACAGGCUCUCAUCAGUGCUACAAUUGAGUACAUCAAGGAGAUUGAACCCGGGCAGAAUUCUUGA